GGGUGGUGCAGAGAUAUAAAAAAAAGAUGAAGGAGAGAUCCUGGUUGACAAAAGAAAGUCUCAACCUUGUGCCCAUUUGCUCCAGUUGUUUACUGAAAAAACCCAGACGAGCAGUUCAAAAGUCCUCACUUCUUCACAACAAGCUGAGAGGAGGGAGAAAUGGGAUCAAGCUUACAGUAUUUUCUCAUGUGCAAAGUUACGGUCUAGAGGGAUGACGUGUGUGAAAGAAGCUCUGUCUAAUCACUCCCCCAUGAGGAAGAAGAGACUGAGGGGCUGAAGUGAAGCCAAAGGAAAGGGGAAGGGCCUGACAUCAACAAGCCAAAACAGCUGCCCCCUUCUCCCCCAUGGAGAGACAGCGAGAGGAGCCUGAUGGAGCGAGAGAGAGAGGGGAAAACUGCAGGGUCUGUGAGUGUGGAGCGGGAGAGAGUGGCGUACAAGACAUUUGAGGGUCUGUAGAGGCGAAGAGGAGAGAAGGAGGUAUUGGCAAGUUGAAAGGGGGAAGGGAAGAGAGAGGUGGUGAGUGUAUGUUUGCAUGCUUUCAGAGUGAGGAUAGCCAGAGAGCAAAGGGACAGGGAAGAGUGUAAGAGGAGAGAAAGAGGGUGGGGGGGGAAGUGGAGGGCCUGUGCUUGGUGACACUUAUUGGAGGGGAGAAAGAGGGGUUGUAAGGGGAGAGGGGAAAAAGUAAUCUGGGGUGGACAGGACAAGCUGUCAGAGAGAAGGGCAGAGGUGUGAGGAGUCACUCGGGAAGACGGAACAUGUUGGAGAGGGAGACAUUAGCUGUAGUAGAAACAUAAGGAGGCCCUUCAAAACAUGAAGCGCUAAGAGGAGGAGAAGAAGAAGAGGGACCUAAAGCACUUGUCUGGGAGGAGCAGAUAAGAUUCGAGAAAAUUAAAGAUACAAGGCAAAAGAGGUGUCUGCUGGAAGUAUGGGGUGCAUUCACAGCACGAGCACUGGCAGGAUGAAGAAGCAGGGACCUCAUACUGACACAGGAGGAAUCCCCAUAAAGGCAGACCCUGAAGUACAUCCUGAAAUCCUUCAACUUGCUCAGCUCGCCAAAGCAGGGAGCCACGCCUUCACGGAGAAGAGCUUCAAGAAGAAACAAGUGUGCGAUGUGUGCAAGCAGAACAUCGACAACCCCGCGGCCUUCUGCAAGGAGUGCAAGGUUGCAGUUCACAAGACAUGUGAAGCCAAGGUGACUCCCACCUGCACCUCAACACCAGACCUGCACGGCUCCACUAAAUCUACACCACAGAAGAAGAGAGGCUCCAUACCAAGGAGUAAAAGUGUGGAACAAGUGAUGGAGCAUGUGAUGGAGCGCCACUAUGACUUUGACCUCACUUACAUCACGGAGAGGAUCAUCUCUGUCUUCUUUAUGCCAGACCUGGAGGAGCAGCGGUACCGCAGAAACCUACAGGAAGUGGCCUCCAUGCUUAAAUCGAAGCACCAAGACAGGUUCUUGCUACUGAAUUUAUCAGAGAAGAGACAUGACAUCACCAGACUUAACCCAAAGGUGCAGGACUAUGGCUGGCCUGAUCUUCAUGCCCCACCCCUGGACAGGAUUUGCGCUGUUUGUAAAGCCAUGGAGACAUGGCUAAUCUCUGACCCCAACAAUGUAGUGGUUCUCCACUGCAAGGGAAACAAAGGGAAGACGGGGGUCAUCGUGGCAGCCUACAUGCACUACAGCAAGAUAUCCGCUGGAGCGGACCAGGCUCUCACCACCCUAGCAAUGAGAAAGUUCUGUGAAGACAAAGUCUCCUCUUCCCUACAGCCCUCUCAGAACAGGUACAUCUACUACUUUAGCGGUUUGCUGUCCAGUACCAUCAAAAUGAACAGCAGUCCUCUGUUCCUCCACCAGAUCCUCAUUCCAUCACUACCAAACUUCCAGGCAGGAGGAGGUUUCUACCCUUUUCUGAAAAUCUACCAGUCUCUACAGCUGGUCUACACCUCAGGCAUCUAUGAUCCCCAGAGCUCCAGGGCAAGGAAGCUGUGUGUGACUAUGGAGCCAGCGCUAUUAUUAAAGGGGGACAUUAUGGUGAAGUGCUACCACCGGCGGAGUCGAGCAGCAGAGAGGGAGGUGGUGUUCAGAGUCCAGUUCCACACCUGCACAGUUCACGGAGCCCAGCUGUGGUUUGGCAAGACUGAACUGGACCUGGCCUGCACAGAUGACAGGUUCCCUCCAGACGCUACAGUUGAGUUUAUCUUCUCCAAUGGGCCAGAAAAAAUGAAAGGUCGAGAAUACCGCAAGAAUGACGCCUCCAUCAAAGUGGACUACAACACCUCAGACCCUGUGGUUAGAUGGGAUUCUUAUGAGAACUUCAACCUGCACCACCAAGACAGCAUGGAAAAUAUCUGUCAUACGCGGGGUCCUCUGGACGGCAGCUUGUACGCCCAGGUGAGGAAGCGUCGUGGGCCAGGCUCGACUGCCUCAGCAGCGUCACCCAACGGAUGCCUCACUAGCAGCCCAACAGUCAAGCCUCAAACUCCCAGCCAGCCCCAGCCUCUCACCUACACCUCCGACUCUAGCCGCUCCUCAGUCCCCUCUGAUCACCUGGAAGACGCCUCUCCGUCCAUAAACCGCCCAGAAAGAGAAAAAACUGACUGCCCAUCAAGGAGAGGAGAUGGAGCAAAAGAGAAAACAAGAGGGAAAGAAAGGGAUAGAGAGACGGAGAUUUUAGAUGACGGAGACCCUUCAAGUCCUGGGGGUUUGAGGCGAGAACAGUCGUGUUGCGUUCGAGCAGGUACAAAGUGUGGCGAUGUCGGAUGGGAGAGGGAACGAGGGCCCUGCCUUUCUAACGGUCAUUGUCUCGGCCGUUGCAACAGCAUUAAAAACCAUCCAAAAAGCCAAACUUUGCCAGCCUUACCAUCCAAAUCUGUGUCCCCGCCUCCCCAUUCAACUCAUAUGGAACUCUGCCAUCGACAUAGUGCCCAUCCUUUACCAGAGUUACCAUGGGAACGUCCACCCCCACCCCCGCCCCUGCCCUGUCUCCACAGGCCUUGCUACCCUUAUUCCACCCCUGAACACACCCACCCACACAGCCACACCCUCCCAGCCUCAAAUAGACUCUGCACUGGGGAAGAGUGUCACCUCUUCCAUUAUUCCAACUACAAUCCAGCCUCUCAUCUCUCCCAUCAAUCACUGCCCUCGAGCCCUUACAGGGAAAUGUUCUUCAGCUCUCCAACACCGUCCUCUGGUUGCCCCUGUCGGGACUGCUCCAGCAGGCGAGAGCACCAGUCAGCCUCAGUCAGAACAUUCCACUCACUGCACCCUGACCAAUCAGAAAACCCACACUGGUCCCAAGGAGCAGGGGUACAACGAACAAGAGAGGCGCCUCCACAGUGGGAAAGUGAAAAUCCAUGGGAGGUAGCAAGAGAGGCGGAAUUCUGGCAGAGCAAAUCAGCCAUGCCAGCAUUUCGCGUCUGCCACACCACUUUGGAUCAGGGUCCAAACCCGGAGCAACCUAGAUAUGCCAUCGGACCUCACCCAGGCUACCCCAGCCCCCAGUCUCUGAUGGAUGUGCGGGAUGGAGCCAGCAGUGGGUACCACACCCCUCCACAGCCCCGCCAAUCCUGUCCCUGCUCUCCUUAUCAGUCAUCCCCUGCUGAGAGCCAUGAGAGCCGGGGUUACGCCUCAGGCUACCACUCUGGAUCAGCCUCGCCUCUGCCCGCUAGUAGCCCCUCUCCUGGGAGAGGCAGGCUGCCCGAGACCCCUUCCAGAUCUAGAGACCAGCACAUUGAGCAUCACAAAGUGGAAAAGGCCAAAACUGACGUGGAGGACGACAUAUCCCAGGGUUCAGAGGAUAAAUUGGACUCUAAUGGCCAGUCAAGCACCCCUGGACUGGACUCUGAUAAUGACUACACAAUCAUUGGUAGCAACAGCCCCACACACACAGAAGACAGUGUAACUGCUGAUGGCCCUCCUCAAAGCCAAGAAACCUCUACACACCUGGAGUCCAACACAAAUAGCAGCAAAACUAUCACACCAGUACCAAGAGAAACUCAAACCCAAAGUUCCAACAUAUCUGUAAACUCCACACAACCAUCAAGUGAGCAGAGUUUGAGCUCUGAUGGUAAGCUUGGAGCAACAGGAACUGCAGAGGGAUCUAACCAAUUACAGACUUCAAGCUAUGCCACUGUAAACAUCGCCCCAGUCCAAGUGCAACUGAAUGGCUCUGCCCUUCCUAGCAAUACCCCAUCUGAUAGCAGCAGAGGUGUUUCCAUGAACCCUUCUGCCAGUCUCAGUUCUAGCCCUUCCACCACUUCCCCAAAUUCUCCUAUUGGCUCCCCAGACAUACAGUCUUCUCCCCAGCACUCUACAUCAGCUACAGAGGCAGCAGGACAAAGACUGACUCCAGACAGAGACAGCUCAGCCAACACCAAACCGCCAUCACCUGUGCCCGACGGAUAUCAUACACCAACCUUCCCCUUAGCGUCCUAUUACUACCCAUUACUAAACGUCCCUCAUGUACCAUACACUGGGUACACUGCAGUCACCAUCCCCGCCAUCCAGCCACCGCUCCCUGAGAAGAAACGGCUUUCAUGCACACCAGGAUCCCUGAAUGGACACAACUCUCUACUCCGGGCCUCCUCAGCUCCUUCCCCCACGCACCAUGUUACUUUCUCUCCCUCUGUGGGAGAGCAGAGAUCGGGGUCUGCACAAUACAGCUGUAGGGAGGAGGCAGACAUCAGGGUCAAUGCUAAGUUUGUCCAGGACAGCUCCAAGUACUGGUACAAACCAGGCAUCUCCAGAGACCAAGCCAUAGCUGUUUUGAAGGACAAAGAGCCAGGAACUUUCCUCAUCAGAGACAGUAACUCCUUCCAGGGGGCCUACGGUCUGGCCCUCAAGGUGGCCAACCCACCUCCUAAUGCCAACAUCACUGGCAGCAAAGGGGAUCCUCUGGAACAGCUGGUGAGACACUUCCUCAUCGAGACGGGGCCACGGGGAGUGAAGAUCAAGGGCUGUCAGAAUGAGUCCUACUUCGGAAGUUUAUCUGCCCUGGUGUACCAGCAUUCAAUUACUCCCAUCUCUCUUCCAUGUACCCUUCGCAUCCCAGAAAAAGAUCUGGUUGGGGAGCUUCAGGAGAUGCAGAGUGCAACAAACACCAGCACAGCGGCUGACCUCCUCAAACAAGGAGCAGCUUGCAACGUGCUCUACCUGAACUCUGUGGAAACCGAGUCGUUGACGGGGCCCGAGGCAGUUUCCAAGGCAACCAAGAGUACUUUGGCUCUGAGUCCACGUCCAGUGGCAACAAUGGUCCACUUCAAAGUGUCUGCUCAGGGUAUCACUCUAACAGACAGCAAAAGGAGGCUAUUUUUCAGGAGACAUUACCCAAUUAGCAGUGUGACUUUCAGCAGUCUCGACCCCCAAGACCAGAGGUGGACUAAUUCUGAUAGCACGUCAAGCAAGAUGUUUGGCUUUGUGGCGAGGCGGACAGGCAGUGCUACAGAGAACGUGUGUCACCUGUUUGCAGAGAUGGAUCCCGAGCAGCCAGCUGUGGCCAUUGUCAACUUUAUCAACAAAGUCAUGCUGGGACCACAGCUCCACAGAUGAGUUUGAAAACUCUGGACUAUUGGGGAUCUGGGGAAAAUAUUAAUAUAAUUUUGACAUAUUUUUUAAUGACGUGUGUGUGUGUAACUACAUUUUUGCUUGCAUUUGUACAGGUAGCACCACUGUGCUCGGCUGUACGACUGUUUGUUUUUUUUUAACAGAAUCCAGUUCUGACAGAUCACUGCUCUGUGGGGCAGAAUUGUUUAUAAGUCAGUUUAAAGAGCAGACACUUAGAGAGGAAUAGUUUGAUAACCUUUGCCUUUGGUAACCUUCACCAAAUGAGAUUGACAUAAGAGUUUUGGGAGUGUUUUUGUUUUGUUUUGUUUUGUUUGUUUUUUUUUGCUGUUGGUAAAGUUAUUUUAUUUGUUAUCCUGUUCACAUAAUGUACAACAAACUUCACAAGCUGCGUGACAAUCCAUGUACCACACUGUUAUGUAUUAAAGUUUCUCUAUAUCAACAUUUAAAGCUGAAGGAAAAACUGUUAAGAAGGUCUUCAACAAUGUAGUAGAAUGUAAGAGUCAUGGUUUAAGGUGUAAAGUGACAUAAUUGCAAUUUUGGUCCCUAUGCAAUGUGAGGCCGCGAUUAAAUGAGAGAGGUUAUGUAUUUUGAUUAUCUAAGAAGAAAGUGUCUUUGACUACAUUAUUUUAUACAGAUUUGUAAUAAUUAGCAUUUUGUUACUGCUGCAACUAUACUAUUAAAACUGUAUUUUUGUUGAAGUGAUAACCACAGAUGUAGUAGCGUAUUAUGCUAAACCUACCUACAAUUUAAAAUGCAGACAAAAUGUUAUGUAGCUACUAACUCAGCCUUCAAACAGAAUUAACAAAUGUAAUUUAAAAGUUCAUGGACAGAACAUGAAUAUUUAUAGCUUUUCUACAGCUACAAAUCAUUUUUUUAAAAAAAGCCUUACUUUGUGAAGUUAAAAAUGUCAUGGAAUCAAAGGACAUUCUCAUAUGAGAAAAUCUACAAAGUCUGCAAUGUUGGUAAUGUCAUUAUAAAAACAGCCAGUGCAGAAAAGUUUCUCCAUAUCACAGAUUAGUCUUGGCCCUUUUUAUGUCCCUAUUUAACGAACCAGUAUCCAUGGCAACACAUAAUAAGUGAGUUAUGUUUUAGAGGGCAGUUUCACUUUAAGCCAAAGAUUUCAUUAUUGUGUAAAGAUAUUUGAUUUUUUUUUAAUCAGUACAUUUUUGUUGUUUGGUAUUUGUGUGUUUUCUAUAAACAAAUACAGUAUUUAGAUGACUUCAGCACAAGCAUUAUUUUUCAUAAUGGAUUUUUAUGUAAAAGAAGUAAUAUAUUUUAUUCCUCUGUGGUGGUGAAUAGAAUGGUAUAUGUCAUAUUUGACAGGAAAUUUGAGUAAUAAAAUCACAUCAAAUGCAAGUGUAUGCUUCAUCAUUUAAAUGCUUCAUGUAAAAUAUAUUUUAAGAUAUUUUAUUACUUACUUGCAGACCAAAUCAUAUAUUUGAUGUUACCUUUUUUGUGACUUGCUAAGAGCAGGUAAAGAUGGUACAUCUGAUUAAACUGAGUGCAACACU